GCACGCCUAUAGGACCUCCUUUCUACAACAAGAGCAUGCGAGGGGUGUGCGCAGAAGCGAGACGCGGAGGCUUUCAGGACAGCUCUUAACCGUAAAGAAUAAAGAAGACUGCAUUUACGAUUUAACGACCGUUUUUUUUUAUUGUUCUUUAUAUUGCACUCGCAUAAAGUUUGUUCAGCUAUGCCUAACAUUGUUCUUUUUAGCGGGAGUUCCCACCAUGAUUUGUCACAAAAAGUAGCAGACCGACUCGGUCUAGAUUUGGGAAAAGUGGUCGCAAAGAAAUUCAGCAACCUGGAAACCUGUGUGGAGAUCGGAGAAAGCGUCCGAGGGGAGGAUGUCUACAUUGUGCAGAGCGGCUGUGGAGAAAUCAACGACAACCUCAUGGAGCUGCUGAUCAUGAUCAACGCCUGCAAGAUCGCUUCCGCCUGCCGAGUGACAGCGGUCAUUCCCUGUUUCCCUUACGCCAGGCAGGACAAAAAGGAUAAGAGUCGUGCACCUAUCUCGGCCAAGCUCGUAGCCAACAUGUUGUCAGUAGCAGGAGCAGAUCACAUUAUUACUAUGGACCUUCAUGCUUCCCAGAUUCAGGGUUUUUUUGAUAUCGCUGUGGACAACCUGUACGCGGAGCCUGCAGUGCUACAGUGGAUUAAAGAAAACAUCCCAGAAUGGAGGAACUGCAUUAUUGUGUCACCAGACGCAGGUGGAGCAAAACGGGUGACUUCAAUUGCUGACCAGCUGAAGGUUGACUUUGCUCUGAUUCACAAAGAGAGAAAGAAGGCCAAUGAAGUACACCGAAUGGUUCUGGUUGGAGAGGUGAAAGACCGCGUGGCUAUUCUGGUCGACGACAUGGCUGACACAUGUGGUACCGUCUGCCAUGCUGCUGACAAACUGAUGUCAGCCGGAGCAACAAAAGUGUAUGCAAUACUGACACAUGGGAUCUUGUCUGGUCCUGCCAUUUCCCGCAUAAACAAUGCAGCCUUUGAGGCUGUAGUAGUUACCAACACCAUUCCACAGGAAGAGAAAAUGAAAGUGUGCUCAAAGAUUCAGGUCAUUGACAUCUCCAUGAUCCUUGCUGAGGCAAUAAGAAGAACCCACAAUGGAGAAUCGGUCUCCUACCUGUUCAGCCAUGUUCCUUUGUAAAGGAAAAGAGGAAGAUCAUGUUUUUUGCUGGUCUGCUUCUGCAUGAUUUCAGCAACAAGCCACCUGGAAGAAUGAAGGACCAUCAGAGGGACAAGCUUAGUGACUGGAAUUAAUCCACUUGUAGCCACAGACGUCACUUCAAAGAUGAGCUUCUCCUUACUUUAUGUCCCAGUGUGUGCUUUCCAGUUUUAAAACCCAGAACACUGGUCAAGGGGCUUAGCUUUAGUUGAUACCUCAGUGUGUUUCAAAGUAAUCAAUGGAGAAUUCCAGUGAUUUUUAAGGAGAAUGAUUGCUACAGAUUUCUAUGUAUGUAGAUAAGAUUUAGGUUUAUUAUAAUUAAUUUUUGUUCAGAUUGAUUUGUCCGGGUGAAAGCUGUUUGAAGACUCCACAAGUUUCUAUAGAUCUAUACAUUGCUGACCAAUGCCUGUGUUUAAUUUAGACGGUUUUAUACGGUAUAUACUGGAGAAAUACCGUUUUUCUGUGUCCUGGAAAUUUAGGUUUAUUGGAAACUGAAUAAAUGGAAUGGCACUAUAAGGCAGGGAAACAUUUUUUUCAGCUUUUUGUUCAUGCCUUUCAAAGAAUUCUGAUGAUGGUUCCCUGAGGUGAACAGGGCCAUGUUUCAUUAUAAACAGUUGCAUGUAUUUCACCCUUCUCUAAUAUGCUUAUUUCAGCUGUCUCCCCCCCCCAGGCUUGUCUCAUGAAGUUCGUUUUCUUUAUUUAAUAAACAUGGGACAGACUUUAUUGCCUUGUACUGUUAGUAACAUACUAAUUUUGUCAUGUGGGGAUACAAGAACUGCUAUAAUAAGAACAUUAAUUGGAACAUUCUGCCUACAAUAAAUUGUUAGUAGGCCCCAUGCGGCCCCAAGUGUCAAGGUAACCCCAAGGCCCUGACACUGCCUAUUUGAACCCAGAAAAUUGUCCCUGGACCUGGAUUCCCAGACCAGCAGCACACCAGGGAGUCUACAGAUGGUGGUGGGCAUUUGUUGGAAAGCAAUUCCUAGGCUUGUAGUGAAACAGCAGUGCUGGGACUUCAUAGGUGGCAGCAUGUCAGUCAUGCCAGUGAGAAACGAGCUGCUCUACCUGCUGGUGCUAAAUCUUCUGUAAGGUCCUAUGGAGCUUGCAGCAUGUUUAAAGUUUAAUUGCCCUAAAGGUUUGGUGUAACAGAGGUGCAAGUCCCCGUUCUCUCUGUGCCAGUCGAGAGCUGCGGUCUUCAGAAAAAGCCUAUUGACAGUUCCAAAUGAAGUGGGGAUUUAAUAAACCAAGGUGGCCAAUCCAGAUUUCUAAAGAAAGAGUAAGCAACAUUGUUGCUUGUUACAAGGCAGCAGUUCAGCACAUUCUAAUACUGCGCCCUGCAUUAUCUGAGAAUGUUCUAGAUCGGAUCCUUUAUUUGCACUUGAAUUGAGUCCAGGAAAGCAAUCAAAAUUUUAAAAACAGGGGUCGUUAAGGGUCCGGAGUGAAAAGCAUCAACAUGGAUUUCCCCUGAAACAAUAUCAGGAAAAUCCUUGCUUUUAUUUUCUUAUAAUCAUACCAUGAAAUAAGAGUAAUGAUCGUGUACUUUACUAGCAGAGUAGAGAGAUCUAUCGAACAGAAGGGUUCUUGAAGGUGGCUGAUGACUUGAAUCCAAGCUCUGUAGUGCUCUUUAUAGCAGGGGGCACAGUCCUGGUUCAGUUGUUUGUUGCACAUGAACAAUAUAUUAAGCAAUGGAGUCCUUCAUAGAUGUAAUAAUAGGUUUAAUUUGAUCUUUGUUUUCUAGUCCUAAACAGUUGCCUUUUAACUAUUGUGUUUCUUAAAAUUCUCACCUUUAAGUAUAAAAAAAAGUUGAAAAGGUUCUAACCAAUGUGUUGAUUCAGUUAAGCAUUCAUUUGCGAGCUGCAGGUGUUCAAGUCCUCAGGGCCACGAUGGCACUGUGUGUCACUCCAGGUCCUAAGAGACUUCCGGUCUUUCCACCUGGGCUCUUAAAAGACUUGACCAACUCGAUUGCUCACUUCAUUGUUUUCUAUUACCACUGCUGGUCAUUAUUCAUUAUUAAGGAGUGCACGUUACCUGCUUUAUAAAACCUGUGAAACAGAACAGUCCUAAAAGACCAUGAGUGAAUAUCACUGGUGCACAGCUCCAGUCCUCAAGGGCCAGAAAUUAACUGUUUUUUUUUAGGACUCUUUAAAUUAUCAACAGCAGAACAGUGUUUAAUUGGACUGUUUAAGCCAAUUUCCUCAAUCAGGCCAUGAAGACAAAAGGUGGAAUAAAAGCCUGCAGAAGCUACAGUCCUCUAGCACUGGAGCUGUGCACCACUGCUAUAAUAUUCAAAUACAGAGGUCUAGCUGGCUAGUCCUCACCAAGUGUUGAUCCACCAGAAACUCACCUACUGUAUGUACCACAGACCAGUUAAAAUCUGUGCUUUGGAUGCCAGGACAUAUAGGACUACAGUGGGUCAAUAACGCUUCUUAGAAAAAGUUUCAAAAUGGAAGUUUAAAUGUUGAGAAUUGCAUACAAAGGUUUACACAGCCUCGCUGUGUUACAUUAUCAUUCCCUUCAUGUGUUUAAACUUGAAAUACCAUGUUAUAGUAUCUUUGUCAUCCUUUAAGGCAGUCUUUCAGUGUUGUCUAUGCCUCACUGUGGACGCCAGAGACAUCAGUAAUUACAUUUCUCCAUGUUAUAAUGUCUUGUAUUGGUGUAGUGCUUUUCUGGAUGGGAACCAACAACUUCCUCCAUCACUGACAUGCACACGGCACAUAGCAGCUUAGCCCCACUACCCCACAUGUGGUGGAGACAAACUCAUCACUUCCAAUAAAGGGGGAAUUUAGAAAAGGUAAACUAGGUUGAGGAAGGUGAACGUUAGCCAAAACACUGGAGUUAAUGCACAUACUCUUUUUUUCGAGUUAGUAUCUAAGUUUACGGUUUCACCCAAAAGAUAGCAGCUUCUGCAGCACAAUACUGUAUAUGCUGUCAUCACACUGGGGUAUUGGUCUGAAGACCCUGUUCCAAAUGAAACCGCUCCACCUACAAGUCCACCAGUAUCGGAUACCUAAGCCUCGUUCUGAUAUGAUUGUUUCCUGGUUUGAUUGGAUUGUUUCUUCCAUCACAUUCUGAUGGAAAAUGUUAACUUUUUAAUCUAGGUUUCCAAGUUCAUUGUAUGACAGUUUCUGAGGUCUCUUGCCUUUCUGUAUUUUUAUUUUCUUUUUCAGUUUUGGAUUUGGGACUUGUGAAUUCUUACUUUUUUGGCAUUCUUAUAGUUUAUCAUUUGAAUGAUUAUCCUGAAAGAAAAAAAAAUGUAAAAAGUGGUUUUUGCAGUAUUCUUAAAAAUUAAAAUGUUGACUGUAGACUUUUUUGUAGACUGAAAGAUCAUAAUACAUGUACACAUCCCAUACCCAUUUUAAACAUAUUUGCGAGUUUGGCUUUAGGUAUUUAGAAUUGUUUGCAUCAUUUGUCAGACUCAGGAUAAAUUAAAAAUCUGUUUUGGCUGGAAUUAUUGUAAGCAAAUGUAAAGUGUUAAUGCUGGAUUGUUGCUGCUUUCUUUUACUGCGUUCAUUAACACGCAACAGGAAACACGGUUACUUCAUAGACUGUAGGAAUCAAAAACCUACUAUAUCAUUGCACAAGCAUUGAAAUUGUAGACCAAAACUUUUUUUUUUUACUCUUGUGUAAUGAGUAUCUUUCACAAUAAAUCUGGUGAUUUUGAACUUGA